AUGGCCGAUGACAGCGACAUCGUUUGGCUUUCUGAUGGGGAAACGACGAAGGAAAAAGAGCCGGUUCCAUCUACUUCAAAUACCGUCCAAUUGUUGCUUAAUGGAUCGCUGGAAAGCUCGAUUGUUGAGGAUUCGUUUCUGUGUAUGCAAAAUAAAGUUACCCUAACGCCAACUCGAUCAACUGGUGAAAGUUCUCGUCGAAGUUCACGCAAACGAUCUUCUUUUGAGAGCUCAUUCAACUGUAAAUUGAAUAAAGAAGAGAAGCAAUCACCACCGCCUGUUCAAGCAGAUUUAAUCAAUUCCAAGGAGGACUCGCCAAUGUUUGUCAUUGAAGAAUCAUUUUUGAGUCAUCAACAGACAACUUCAGCAUCAAUCAACCCGAGUACGAAGAAGACACCAAAUUUAUCGAUCAUCGAAGACUCGUUUGUGGAUGGACUUGAUGGAAAGCAGUUUGACCCACCACCGAUUUUUCCGUCGAUGAGCCGAAAAUUUUCACCCGAUUUGAUUGUUUUGGAUGACGACUCGUUUCGAGAAGAGCAAAAGAUGGAUAAAAAACUAUUUACCCCACCAAGCAAUUCGUCUAGCUUAACUGUGGAAGAAAAGGAGAACGAUCAGGCAACUACAAAGAAAAUCGAUAAAAAUGACCCAUUGUUGAAGCCACAAAAACGACAGGAUAUGGAAGAGUUGAACGAAGAAAUUAGUGAGAAGGAGCAAAAAGCGAAACAACGAGAGACAAAACGACUAAUACGGAAAGAUGAGCUUGCAGUGAAAGUGGAAGAAAAAGAAGCUAAACAACGGAAGCGACUUGCCGAAAAACAACAAAAAGAAGUUGAAAAGAAACGCGCGCGAAUCGAACGCGAAAUUCAAUCUUCGACUAAGACCAACGCUGAGAAAUAUCUGUUCUGCCAUACGGCGAUUAGGUGUGCUUUCGCUGACCGUGAUUUGGAGAAGCAACUCCAAGUGAUCACAGAUGGACAAGACCCAGAACUGAUCGAAUUCCACCGAGCCUAUAUUGACAUCGCCGAGAAAGACGAUGGAGAUGUGGAAAGAUUUGAGUAUCAAGAAACUCAAUCCUUUUUCGUUUACGUGAUCACCGGGGAAGCGCUGACGAAUGAAAACAAGAUUUUUGGCAGAACAGUUGAAAGGAUUAAGCUUUCACUCCCGCUCGGCACCUCGCAUUUGGUGAUUGCGUGUCUCGGACUGCCAAAAAUCUCCGCGAAUAAGCUCUUCUCGCUCAAUAUCGACUUGUUUGCCUCAUUGCGCGCACAGCUGAAGAUCUGUGAAAAUGCAGACAUUCUGGCGCAUCAUCUUGUGCAAAUGACAAAAGGAUUGGCGAAAUUUAACCCACACACCGGCCACUCGAGUGCGCAAUUUCAGGAUGGGGCAAAGGGAAUCCGAGAUGGGCCCGAUCUUGUGAAGGAUUGGUGGAGCCUAAUGUUGUCAAGGAUAUAUCGUCUUUCCGAUGCCUCAAGAAGAGCGAUCAUGCGAAAAAUUGAGAACCCAGUGCAAGGUAUCGAUUGGAUUCGAAGUGUUGGUGUUGAUGUGGCAACGAAGCAGAUUGCUGAUUUGGUUGCCGAAAACGGACGUCGAGUCGGUGUGGCAAUGGCGGUGCGACUGGUGCGAAUGUUGAGUGACACCAACGGAACGUCCAUCGUUGAA